UAGUUUCAGUUUCGUUUUAAACGUGAGCGCGCCAAGACGCAAAAAUAUCAAAAUAAAAAACAAUUCUCGAAAUUCGACAACGAACGUUUUCCGAAUACAAAAACAAAAGAACAAGCUUCUUUAAACUAAAUCAACGGAUUAUUUCGUGAGUCCAAAAAUCCCAACCAACCCACCUUAACCAACCACCGCCAAGAUGUCUCACUCCGUGACCAUAACACGCACAACGACCAGCACCACCAACACCUCCUAUAUUGUGCUGAAUACGGGCUACCUCAAGACGUUCCCUGGUCUUCUGAAGCUCUUCGAGCUGAUCAUUGGCGUCGCCAUUGUCACCAUAAUGGCCAUCAACUUUGAUGCAAGGUAUUUUGCUACUUAUCGCCCACAGGAUUUGUUCCAUUACCUGAUGGCCACAACGUUUAUGAUAGGGACAUUUUGUUUAUUCCUCGCCUGUCUCACAUCGUUGAGCACGGGCGGUCUGAUCGCCAAAACGAUCUAUGAACUAAUCUAUCAUUCGGUGGCUGCUAUACUGUUGGUUGUCUCAUCCGCCCUGCUGCUGAUCAAGUUGAAGGAUUACAAGCAUGAUUCCUACAUGGCAGCCGGCAUUUUGGGCCUGGUCAAUGCGGUGCUGUACUUCAUAAGCGCAUUCCUGGCACAUCGAUCAUAUCGCGGCAUUUAAGCCUGAGGCAUUUAAGCGAAACGGAGAGAUAGAGAGAGGGCGAGAGUGAGAGCGCAUCACUUUCGAGCAAGUCAAUCAAUGUAAUGUAAUGUAACAAAACAGUUCAUCUCAAUCAGAAUCGGAAUCAGAAAAUCAAGAAUCAUGAAUCAGAAUCGGCUAAAAAGAUAACGCACAAGCCAAUAUACAGAGAGUCUCUUUGUUGCACUGUUCAAAUAAUUGUGGCGCUACAUAUGCAUAAUACUACUAUUAUCAUUAUUAUUAAAAUAAUUAUUAUGUUUUGUAA